CAUCAGCUUGCAAGAAUACAGAGUCUCAAAUAUGGAAACAAUCAAGGAGUUAAUUGAUAGAGGGAAUUCAACAAGGAUCACAGGGACAACAGAUGCAAAUGAGGAAUCUUCACGAUCACAUGCCAUUCUUCAUUUAUAGAUCUUGCAGGAAAUGAAAGAGGUGCAGAUACAACUGAUAAUGAUAAGAAAACAAGGCUUGGCCUGUGCGUACUCCAAGGCCUGUUGCUUCCAAGCUUGUUGCUGAUGCCCCUCUUCUUACUGGACAGUAGUCAAAUGCGGACACUGUUGUUAUACGUUGGUUGUGGAUAAAGAGGAAAUGAAAUGGAAGAAGUAUCCAGUUGUCAUUGUAGAUGGAAUGGAUGGUGCUUUUCUUGUAGUCGAAAGUAUUAAAAAGGGUUUGAAUGCGGAGUGUAGGAUCACAACCAAUCACUCAAACGAGGAAGAAAUUGAUCUCCAGAAAGUGCUUGUUAAAUUGAUUGAUAACUUCCACUUCCUUCAUGGGUUUGUAACAAUACUGAUGGACUCUGCUAUUUUGUUGUAUGGUGUAUUACCUUGGUUAUGGAAGAAAUCAAGUGAUACUUUGGAAUCAAUUGGCUUUGAUUCAAAUAAUGAAAUAUAUCAUACACUUGCAUUCUUAGCUGGUGUUAUGAUUUGGUCUCAGCAAACAAUCUUGCUUUUCUUUCGAGACAUGAUUAAAGGCAUGUUUUUGGCUGUAGUUAUUGGACCACCUGUUGUGGUUGCCAUCAUUUUAAUAGUACAGGGAACCAAAAGUGAGGGGUCAGGAGUGAGCAGAUGCUUUUACAAGCAAUGCUUUACAAUAUUGAAGGAAAUUUGGAUAAAUUGCAACAUGACAUGUAGAAGGCAAAAUUAAUGCUUAAUGAAACAUUUACGACUUUUCCACUUGAACCUGCACUUUCAACAGUUCCUUUGGAUUACAAAAAUAACACCAUUCCGUUAAAGAGGGCAAGGAGAGCAUUCUAAACAUUCUGGAAACUUUAAAAGAAGAGGGAUAUGGGUACACAGAAGAUUUUGGAAGUUUUAGUCAUGUUUCUUGUAGAUGACUUGGUUGUUCACUUUGCAACAAAGCCUCCAUCACUUGGAGAUUAGACUUUGAAAAGCAUUUGAGGGUAUAUUUUUUAUAUUUCUUGUAACUAAUUAGUUUGUAAAUUUUUGUUACAACUAUUGAUUUGUUUUAUCUUUCCAUGGAACGAUAAUUUGUAUGACAUUAAAUUUUAUGCAAUGGAUUGUAUU